UAGUCCGUACCGGCUGCGCGCCCGGGCCCCGCGCUGAGGACGCGUCGCCGUCCGCCCCCCGCUCGCCCGGGUUGAGGGAAAUCAGCCGCGGGGGCGGGCGAGGUCGCCUGGAGACCCUGCCGGGCCUGCGCCUGCCUGCUCCCCGGGAACGGGGGGGAAGGAGACGCGCCGGCCUGCAAGGGCCUCCUGGGGCCCUAACCCUAACGCCGCGCCUCCAGGGGCCGGCGGGCAGAGGCUCGCGGUCUUCGGCCCGGUGCAGCCUCCCCUGCCGGGAGAACCGGGGCGGGAAGGCGCCGCGCCGGGGACGCGCGUGCUGGGCGUGGGGGACCCCGCCGAGCCCCCGCCGCCGAAGCCGGCCGUGUGGUGUUAGCCUGUAUUUCCCUGAGGGUCGAGGACUGUUUCUCACCUUGAGGAAGCGCCUGUCCCGCUCCUUCCGCCGUGGUAGGUUUCCUCAUUGACUAAGAAUUCUCAGAAUCCUGUGUAUGCUGGACGGAGUCGUUCACCAGACGGGUGCUCGAUAAGUAUCUUCUCCUCCUCUGAGGCUGCCCUUUUCAGCCACGAAUGGUUCCUUUCGUUAAGCAGAACGUCUUAAUUGCAGUGAAGCCCAGUUUGUCCAUCUUUUCGUCCAUACUUUUUGAGUCUUAGUUCAAAAUUCUCUGCCUCUCCCAAUGUCCAGCAGAUACUGUCCUGUUUUCUUUGAGAGCCUCUGUAGUUUUACUUUUCACGUUUAGGUCCACAGUGCAUCAGAUCUGACCCGUGUGGAGUGAGGUAGGAAGGCAGCGGCUCCAACACCUUUUUUCUCCCGUUGGCCGGCCUCACAAGGCGUUUUGUUGAAAACGGGGAUCAAAACGAGGAAUUUCUCAGGACUUGGUUUCUUCCCCCAGAUUAGAUAAAUUCAAAAUAGCAAGACAGUUGACCGAAAAAGCAAUCAAGGAAAAAAAGAUUUUUUCCAUCUAUGGGCACUACCCAGUGAUCCGGGCUGCUCUGCGAAGGAAGGGCUGGGUAGAAAAGAAAUUCCACUUCUUGCCCAAGCUCGUCCCAGAGGCCAAAGAUGGAAGCGAAGGGGUGAUGGACGAUACAUGUGUUGAACUCAAAGAAAACCAAGACAUGACUUUUAAGAGAACGGACGACAUCCACGACGUGAUGUCUAGGUUGGUGAAGAAUGAAAUGCCAUACUUCCUCUGGACUAUUAAAAGGGACGUCGUUGAUUGCCACAGCCUGAACUGCGAGCAGAUGCUGAACCACUACAGGAAGACGGCAUCCUUCACCACCAAGAUCGGGCUGUGCGUGAACAUGCGGAGCCUGCCGUGGUACGUCCAGGCGAACCCUGACACCUUCUUCCCACGCUGCUACGGCCUCUGCGCGGCCGGCGAGGAGCAGGAGUUCCUGGACGACUUCCGGCGCACCCUGGCGUCCAGCAUCCUCAAGUGGGUUGUCAGCCACCAGGACGGCCGCAGGAUCAAGCCCCGGGGCAGGGGGGAGGAGGCCGGCGAGAGCGACCCAAGGCGCAAGAAAGAUCCCGAGGACGCCGAAGUAAAGAUGCUCGUGGACCUCUCGGGGCAGCUCAUCGACAUGGCGUGCAAGGUGUGCCAGGCCUACCUGGGGCGGCUGGAGCAUGAAGACAUCGAUGUCGCCGCGGACGCUGCCAAGGGCCUCAGCGAGGACGAGUGGAAGGACCUGACCCAGCAGUACUACUCCCUCGUUCACGGCGACGCGUUCAUCUCCAGUUCAAAGAACUACUUUUCGCAGUGUCAGGCGCUGCUGAACAGGAUCAGGUCUGUCAACCCGCAGUCGGACAUCGAUGGAAUUCGAAACAUUUGGAUUAUAAAGCCCGCGGCGAAGUCGAGAGGCCGAGACAUCGUGUGCAUGAACCGCGUGGAGGAGAUCCUGGAGCUGGUAGCCGCGGACCACACCUCCAACAAGGACAGCAGGUGGGUGGUGCAGAAGUACAUCGAGACGCCACUGCUCAUCUACGACACCAAGUUCGACAUCAGGCAGUGGUUCCUCGUCACGGACUGGAACCCCCUGACCAUCUGGUUCUACAAGGAGAGUUACCUGCGAUUCUCGACGCAGCGCUUCUCGCUGGACAACCUGGACAGCGCCAUCCACCUGUGCAACAACUCCAUCCAGAAGCACCUGAGGAACGCCAAGGGCCGCAGCCCCCUGCUGCCGUGCCACAACAUGUGGACGAGCACGCGCUUCCAGGAGUACCUGCAGCGGCGGGGCCGCGGCGCCGUGUGGGGCAGCGUCAUCUACCCGGCCAUGAAGCGCGCCAUCGCCGACAGCAUGCGCGUGGCGCAGGACCGCGUGGAGGCCCGCAAGAACAGCUUCGAGCUCUACGGCGCCGACUUCAUCCUGGGCCGGGACUUCAGGCCCUGGCUGAUCGAGAUCAACUCCAGCCCCACCAUGCAGCCCUCCACGCCGGUCACGGCGCAGCUGUGCGCGCAGGUGCAGGAAGACACCGUCAAGGUGGUGCUGGGCCGCAGGCUCCACCGCAACUGCGACACCGGCAACUUCGAGCUCCUGUGGCGCCAGCCCGCCGUGGAGCUGCCGCCCUUCAGCGGGUCCGAGCUCUGCGUGGAAGGCGUCAGCGUGAGGAAAGCAAAGAAGCAAGCGACCCCCGUCUCCAACUUCAACUUUGCAGCCUCGCUCUCAGGCAUUCGGCCACUAAGAGCGAGCUGCGCCUCGGCCAUGCCGGACCCCACCCGAGCACCGCCCAAAGCCGCUCCCCAGCAAGACCCGAAACUGAAGGACGAAAAGGUACUUGCCUGCAGCUUGCCCGGGCCCCUGGCGAGGCCGUCGGGGAGAGGCGCUCAAGCACUGGCCGCCCGCGGAGCGCCUGCCGGGAGGCUGGGCCUCCCCACCUGUCCUCAGCGCGCAGUGGGGGGCCCCGGGCGGCGCCCGCCGCACUCUCGGAGCCCAGCUUCCCGAGCGGCCACCCGCGCGCGCCCCUGCUUCCCAGCGCCAGGCCGGUGGACGGCCCCUCGGGGCCAGGCGCGCCGUGGGCAGGGGCGUCCCCCGCGCGGCCUCCCGAGCUGGGGGCGGACCGUGGCCAACUCAUCGCCCAGCAUCUGCAGCGAGGGCGUCUCGGGGUGGGCUGGCCGCUGGGCGUGGGGUCCCCGGCGCCCCCUGCAGCCAGGCUAAGGGCCGACCCAGCACCCUGCAGGGUCUCAGCCUUCUGGGCUCCCCGCGGGGCCCUGUGCGAGCCGGGGCUCUCGAUAG